AUGCGUCAAUUUAGUUUGGGUUGGUUUAAAGGUUCGUAUUCUAGAUGGUUGGAGUAUAGUGUGAAGAAAGAUGCCGCAUUUUGUUUAUGUUGUUAUUUAUUCAAAAAUGAUUAUGUUCAUGGAAGCACGGGUGACUCUUUCACAAAAACGGGCUUUAAGGCUUGGAAUAAAGCUUCGGAAAGACUUGAUUUACAUGUUGGUAAAGUAAAUAGCCUCCACCACAAGUGUUUCAACAAGAUGCUAGACUUAUCAAAUCAAUCCCAAUCAAUUCAAGUUGCUUUUGAUAAGCAAUCCGAGAAACAAAGAAAUGAACACCGAAUUCGUUUAAAUGCAUCAAUCGAUGUUGUAAGGUUUCUCUUGUAUUUUGGAUUGUCUUUUCGAGGUCAUGAUGAAAGUGAUUCUUCAAAAAACAAAGGCCUUUUUCUAGGGCUUUUGGAAUGGCUUGCAAAAAGGCUCCCUGAAGUAGAUAGAGUCAUAUUGAAACAUGCACCAAAAAAUGAUAUGAUGACUUCGCCAAAAAUUCAAAAGGACAUUGUGAGUGCUUGUGCUCAAGAAACCGUGAAAGCUAUAAUCAAUGAUUUGGAUGGAGAUUAUUUCGGGAUAUUAGUUGACGAAUCCAAGGAUAUUUCACAGCAUGAACAAAUGGCCCUUGUUUUGCGGUAUGUUGACAAAAAAGGCCAAGUGAACGAGCCAUUUAUUGGUCUUGUUCGUGUUCAUGAUACCUCUGCAAAGUCGUUGAAGGAAGCAAUACUUUCUUUGCUUAUGAAACACUCAUUAAGUCCAUCCAAAAUACGUGGACAAGGUUAUGAUGGAGCUAUGGUUGCUAAAAAACAUAAGGAGGUGGAAACUUUCUUUGCUAUUGCUGCUAAUGUGUUGAAUGUGAUUGGAGCACCCUUUAAAUGUAGAGAUCAACUUCGGGAUCAUCAUGCCGAAUUAUUGGUUCAAUUGCUAGAGAGUGGUGAAGUUCAAAGUGGGAAAGGAUUAAAUCAAGAGCGAGGGCUUCAAAGGCCAGGUGACACUCGUUGGGGAUCACAUUGUAAAACAUUAGAUAAUUUUGUUGUUUUAUUUGCAUCUAUUGUUCAUGUGCUUGGGGUGAUUGAAUAUGAGGGUCAAGAGGCUAAUGAUAGAUUGCAAGCAGAAGCUUUUUUGAGUAAAAUCAAUUCAUUUGAAUUUGUGUUCUUGCUUCACUUGAUGUUGAAGGUAUUGUUGAUGUCGAACGAGCUGAGUAAAGCUUUACAGAAGAAAGAGCAAGAUAUUGUUAAUGCCAUGAUAUUUCUUGACCUUACAAAGGAAAGGUUGCAAGAAAUGAGAGAUGAAGGAUGGAAAUCAUUAAUGGAUGAAUUAUAUUUGUUUUGUACUAAACAUGACAUUUUGGUGCCUAAUAUGGAAGAAUUCUAUAUUCCUGGAAAGUCAAAGUGUAGGCCUUCAAGUGUUACUUAUUCACAUCACCUACGUGUUGAGCUUUUUUAUACAGUGAUUGAUUUGCAACUUCAGGAGCUUAACCGUCGUUUUGAUGUUGUUAGUAGUAACUUGCUUCUUGGUAUGGCUAGCUUGAAUCCGGCUAACUCGUUUGCUAACUUUGACAAAGAAAGAAUAAUGACCUUGGCCAAGUAUUAUCCAGAUGAGUUUGGCGAAUUGAAGCUUCGAGAUCUUAGUCACCAACUUGACACUUUCAUAUUGCACAUGCAACAUGGUGACCCUAGAUUCUCAAAUUUGAAAGGAAUUAGUGAUUUGGCAAAAGCGUUGGUUGAGGCAAAUCUUGUGGAGAUAUAUUCACUUGUUUAUUUACUUGUGAAAUUGACUCUAAUUUUACCUGUCGCGACUGCAACGGUAGAAAGAGCAUUCUCAUCCAUGAAGUACAUCAAAGAUGAAUUGCGUAGUAGUAUUGGUGAUGCAUUUUUAAAUGAUUGUUUAGUUUGUUACUUUGAAAAAGAAGUAUUUACAAAUGUAAGCAAUGAUGCUAUUAUUGACCGUUUUCAGAGUAUGAAAACGUGUCGAGUUCAAGUAUAA